AUGGGGCCAGUUUGGACGAUCUCGAUACUGGCUGGAGUCGCAGCGGCUGUUUUCAUUUGGCUGUGCAGGUCCCCGUACGCUCCUCAAACGACAACAGCGGCUUUGCCAGCAGAAAUCCAUGAAAAGCAGCGCGGCGUCUAUCUGCAACAGGUCAAAUUACCUAAAUCACCUCCUAAAUCACCUCCUAAAUCACCUGCCGACAAAGAGCAAGGCAUAGACAUUAUUGCCGUACACGGCCUCGAUACCAGAUCGCCAGAGACCUGGGAAUUCAAAAAAGAGAACGGGCAUAAAGUGAACUGGCUGCAGGACGGAAAUAUGCUACCAGCGGAAGUCUCCAAUGUUCGUAUCUUCACUUGUGACUGGCCGGCUGAGUUGUUUGAAACGUUGGACGCAGCAGAAGACACCAUUGAACAACUUGCCCUACGGCUACUUGCCGGUAUUCAAGCACGGCCAUCCGCAACAAACGAGCGGCUCAGUCGCAAGGACCGACCAAUUCUGUUCAUUGCGUCAUGUCUUGGCGGCAUUAUUCUAGCGAGGGCUCUCGUCAGGGCCAAGAAUGAGUACCUACCGGUUUGGAAAGCAACGGGCGGUAUAGUGUUUCUCGCCACGCCAUUCCGAGGCACGUCAUUCGAGGAUGUGGCCAGAUGGGCAGAGCCAGGCCUGAGGACCUGGGCUUCAAUUCGGGGUCGUCGCGUGGCCAGCCUACUAGGUUGGGUGAAGUCGUCGUUAGCCGACCUCACUUUACUUGUCAAUGAGUUUGACAAGCUUUGUAACGAUAAGAACCAAGAGGGCUUUGAAGUAUUUACUUUCUACGAGGCGGGCUAUACAAACCUCCCAGCCAAGGCCCCUCUCCUAUCUUGGUUGUUGCCACAUUCAAAAAAACAACCUAUAUUUCCAAGUUUCCUUACUAACAGCUAUCAGUUGGUCACCAUGAGUUCGGCAGUUCUUGACCGCGUCCCAAACCCACUGCGACUAGAGCGAACUCAUGUUCUCAUGAACAAGUUCCGUGGCCCCGAUGACCCAGAUUACAAAAUGGUUGUGGACAAAAUUUCAGACAUCCUCAGAAACAUCCGCGAGGGAGCGCCGCUUGAGCAAGCAAAAUCAUGGAUAUACGAAAACCAUUACAGCGAGGACAGGCUGCGGAUCGAAAGGCUUUCCGGUGAUCCUUUGCCAAUGGACCAAUGCUAUAUCAACCUCGCAUUGGUAGCGACGCCACGUGAUGACAAUUCGAAACAAAGGUCUAAAGACCACCUGCUGCAAUCCGAGCACUUCUCCCUUGCUGCUCGGCUCAAGGUUGAAACGCCCCAAGAAGAUCAUCGGGUAGAGCUAUCGAAGCUCUUUGAACCGCGCAGGCAGCCUAACGAUCGAACGAAAAAGCCAAAACGAAUACUUAUUCGAGGUCGUGCUGGCGUUGGGAAAACCACUUUAUGUAAGAAGAUUGUACAUGACUUCAAGAAGGGCAUGUGGCAAAACCUAUUUUCCAGCAUAUUUUGGGUGCCCCUGCGAAACCUCAAGACGUGGAACAAUGGGAGGUACGGUUUGACGGAGAUGCUUCGUCAUAUUUAUUUCCAGCAACAUGCCCAUGGCGCCUCUCUUGCAAGCGCCCUAAGACAGCAUGUGGAGGAUUCCACUGCCCGCGGUACCCUUUUUAUCCUCGAUGGUCUGGAUGAGAUAUCGGAGCUUUUGGACAAGCAACGAAACCCCGAUAUAUUCGAUUUCCUUAUCGGGAUGUUGAACCAGACUAAUGUUGUCAUUAUGACCCGACCCCACGUGUCACUUCCACAUGAUUUUCAAGAACCCGACCUCGAACUGGAGACAAUCGGCUUCCGCUCCGAUCAGGUGGACGAAUAUUUGAAAAACGUAACAGAGCUAAGGAUUUUCGAAGAAAUCCAAUCUUUCCUCCAGAAAAGCCCGCUGAUGCGAAGCCUCGUUCGCAUCCCAAUCCAGUUAGACGCACUCUGCAUUAUUUGGGACAAGACUUUAGAGGAUAAUUCGGGUUGA